AUGGAAGUGAGCCUCGAUAAUAUAGUUGGAAGUGUAUUCAGCAAUAUAUGUUCCAUUGAAAAUGAAUGCAUGCAUGGGGGUCAGUGUGAACAAUAUACACUCAUAAAUGAUCGUUAUGAAGAACUUAUUGGCCACGGAACAACUCGCAUUGCCCGAUCACUCGCUCUACAAUAUAAAUGUAUUUGCAAACCGAAUAGAAGUGGGAGUUACUGUGAACAUAAGAAUUCCCACUGCACGGAUGACAGAAAAUGCAUUAAUGGAGGCAAAUGCGAUCCAGAUUCCGAUAAAUGCUUAUGUAAGCCGAGUUGCCGCAAUUCCUUCAAAAAUAUUCUUUACAAACGAAUAAUGAUUAAGGACAUUUGCGGAGGUGGAAAAUGCGUAAACAUUCCUGGCUCGUUUAAAUGCGUCUGCGAGGAUAAAAUUACGGACACUCCGUGCGAGAAUCGGGCGCUUUCAACAAAUUUAUGUGCAUUUGUCAAUUGCCUGAAUGGAAAAUGUAUCAGUGAUGAUGGCAAAGCUCGUUGUGAAUGUGAAAUUGGAUUCGAAGGAGAACAGUGCCAAUUUAGAGUCCGCUCAUUUCGUUUACAAUCGUACGUUGAAGUAUUACUGCCAAAGAAAAUCUUCGAUAUAAAAAUUGAAUUCAAAACAACACUACCUUCAGCGCUACUUUAUUAUUCUUAUACGACGGCAAGUUUGAAUGAUUUUGCGGUGAUUGAUAUAAUUAACGGCAAAAUCCGAUAUUCAUCCAACGUUGAUGGUGUAGGAUUUUCCAAUUUCGCAAUCCAUGAGAAGAUUAACGAUGGUACUUGGAAGCGAAUUCAUAUCGAGCAGAAAUGGCAGACAUUAAAAAUAACACUUCAAAGAUGUGAAAUCGACGGCUAUUGCAAAAUUUGCGAUGGUAAAAAUUGCAGUGCCGUUAUUGUCACACAAUUACCGCAGUUAUCUAUAACGAAUGGCAUUAACAUUAUUGGUAGUAUCACAAAUACUAGUGAAAUUGCUAAAAGACCUGCACAGAUAUCAGCAAUUGAUUUUAUUGGUUGUAUGCGUCGUAUAGAAUUCAAUGGCAAAGAUAUCAGCAGUUUAGAUAUUUUAACAGAACAGAGCACAGGAAAUAAUUGUUCAGUUACGCGAUCUUGUCAAGACGAGCAUUUCGAGAUGAAACGUUGUGGAGAUGGAUUAUGUAAAUAUAGCGACUUUAGUGAUACAUGCAUUUGUGAAGGAGGCUAUGAUGCAUUUAGCUGUAGCAGUGCGAUGCAACCUUGGCUUCUGGAUGGUGGCGAAGUACAUUUCGAACUCUCAGUCUACAUGCUUCGUCAAAUCUCUUUUAUAUCUGUUGACUUGCCUAAAGCGCUAGAAGCAAGUGAUGGCUAUCGUUCCAAGAGGUCGUCCUUGAAAGAUAUACCUUGCGAAGAAACAGAAUAUAAUGAAGGUGAACCGUUUGAUGGUGUAACUCAGUGGAUGGAAAUUGAUUUCCGAACGUUUCAUGCCAAUGGCAUUAUUUUUACAUUAGUAGAAAAUGGAAAUUACAGUAGAAUUGAGCUAAUCAAUGGAUCACUUCACUUUAUCACCAUUAUACGAGGAGCAAAUCCCAUUGAUAUUCAACUCGAUGGUAACAAAAGCGAUGGAAAAUGGUACCGAGUUGGUUUACAACAAAGCAAAGAUCAACGAAUAGUUCGCUUUAACUGUGGUGACCAUGGAAAAGAAAUUUAUGCGGAAGCAGAGUUUCCUCGCCUCAUUUCAAACAAUGUGAAUUCAAUUAAGCUGGGUAAUGCAAACGAUGGAACGAGUUUUGUGGGAUGUGUACGUCGAUUCAUUGUUAACAAUCAGGCUCAACUUUUCGAUAAAUCCGAAGCCCUUCUCCAGCAGAUUUUCGUGCCAGUUGAAUCGAGACGUCUUGCGAAAGGAUGCACAAUAUCUUCUGAACAUUUGCCAUCAUCGCUUCAUUGGAAUUCAUUUUGGACUUUGCCAACAAAUUUGAAGACUAAUGCUAUAAAUAAUCCUUCUAUGCGAGAGAUAUCAUCCGUUUCGUCUUUCUCAGCUGCAAUGCGCGAUUUGCAGCGACUAUGUGUGAAAAGGGAUCGUCCAAAUUCAAGUUCCUCAACAAUUUAUGCAUCUGGUGAAAAUCUCCACGUGCCUAACCAACACAGCACACCUAAAGUAACCCUGCAUUCGAUUAAUCGUCAAAUGGAAAAACAAGAAUCUAAUUUACGGCAACUAAAACAUGCCAUUCGUCAAAGCCGUAUCUCAAUCCAUAAUUCAGCUCUAAAUCCUUCUUCUUCUGAAUGUAGCUACGAUGAACCAAUAAGGUGCCGUCAGCGACAUAGAUCCAAUGGACCACAAAAAACUGAUCAUUAUCGCUCAUCGCCAAAUAGUGAAAUGGAAUAUUUUCCGCUGUCUGUUGAAAAUCCAUUAUCAUUAACUCCAGCUAAACAAGUGAAACACGGAUACAGUUCCCAGUCGACCAUACUUGAAGGACAGUAUAGAAGCGAUAAAGAAUCAGAUUCUAUUAAGACUCUAAGAGUAUCGCGAAACAUGGUCCCUCGGAUGCCUCGUUCUACAAUUCUCGAUUCGGAUUCAUCUACUGAUCAAUCUAUUAAGGAAAAUCGGAGAAUAUCAACGAUAUGCGUACCAUCAGCCUAUGUAUAA